AUGCUACGUGAUUUUUUCAUGAAGCAUGCCCCAUCGGCUGCACGUGCGUUAGUUUUGCUUACGGAGCCUCCGUACCCAAAAAGCCUGGCUCAGACGCCGUACCCACAGGGGUACAUCAUCCCAAAAUUUCCUAAAUACAACGGCGUCAAAGAGGAUGCCGAUGAGCACUUGCAAAGAUUCGUGGAAUAUCUAGGCCAACAUAGCCAUGACGAAAUCUUACGCCUUCGAGAAUUCUCCAAGUCUCUCAUCGGGCUCGCGUACAGAUGGUUUCGAAGUCUCGAGCCAGACUCAAUCACCACUUGGCAACAACUCUCCCAAAAGUUCCACAACAAGUUUGGACAAGCCAUUGAAAGGGUCACCACUCUCUCCAUCACUAAAGAAACGCAAGAAUCCAACGAGGAACCCCUCAAGUUCAUUUCUCGCUUCCCAACCUGUGCAAGGGAAUGCUUCGAGGGUAGCAGUGAAAGGGAUCUGGUUAAUAUUUGCAUACAAGGCAUGACCAAGACCUACAGGAUACACUUGGUCAAUCUGGGUCUCAACAGCUUCAGCGAUCUCACCACAGCUGUACGGAACAUUUGUAAAGAUCUCGCACCUCCCAGGGCAGAGGUCACUCACAAAGACACGCCGGUUGCUCCUCGCAAUAAUAGAACGAAAAAGCGUCGCAAGACAGAUGUUAGAGCCAAGGGAUCUCGAGCUAAGCGAACAAAUAAUCCUCCCCCAUUCCUGGUAUGCAUGGAAGAAGUCGCCAGUACUCUCGAACAGUGGGUCAAGCAUGGUGUAGUCGUGUUACCUGUUCCUCACAAAGAGCCAACCGCGCAGGAUAGUGCGAGUCCAAAUUUCGGUAUCUUCCACCAAGCCACUACACAUCCAACAAGUACCUGCAGGACUCUAAGGCGAAUUUUUCAACAACGGCUCGAGGGUGGUGAUCUUGAGUUGACCGUGCCAAAGGAUGUGCGGCACAAUCCAUACCCUCGUCAUCGCGGUGUGGCUGUGGUCACGUAUUAUGAUGAGUUAGAAGAAACCAAUUCCACGCAAUCCAAGGUUCAAGUGCAAUACGGUGAGGAAGAAUGCUGCGCAGCCGCUUCGUCAAGUCAUCCCCCCUCUCACCAGGCGCUAUUGACCAUUUCCUUCUCCGAAUCUGACAAAAGUGUCUCUACCCCUCAUAAUCGUCCAUUCUAUAUCACUGUGCAGCUCAAUGGUAGGGAGUUCCGACAUGCUUUUCUAGAGAACGGGUCUUCCAUUAACAUCAUGCCAUGGGCCACAUUUCAGAAAGCUGGUUUGCCCCAAGACUGCCUUGUUAAAGAGGCCAUCGAAGUUUAUGGUUUCGGCAAUGAAUCUUACCAGACUCUCGGCUAUGUAAAUGUUGAUCUCGUGGUUAGUAGAUUUCGAGCUCCCACCAAAUUCCAUGUUAUCAAGGCUGAUACAUCCUACCAUGUGCUCUUCAGGCGGGCGUGGAUACACCGUUUCGGCAUAGUGGCUUCUACUUACCAUCAAUGUUUCAAGGGCAUCUUAGGUAACAAAGUCGUCAUGGUUCCGUGCUCUGAUAAGCCUUUUGCCAAGCACAAGGCACACUUUAUUGAGGCUCUCUUCUUUGAUGAGUUGGAUGAUGAGGAUGAAGAAGCAGAGGCGCAUAUAAUUCGUACUCCGCUACCCAAAUGGGAGGAGGUACAGCAGGGCAUCUUUUACCCUACACAGUCAUAUGUUCCUCAUCGCGACGCAGAAGUCGCUACCCCGCGGGUGUGCAAACGAGUGAGGCUACCGGAUGAGCGAUAUGUCUAUAGCUUAUGA